AUGAAGAGGGGCCACGAAGACGUCUUGUAUAACGCGGUCGGAUCCAACAAACUCGAACCAUCGCUGUCAAAAUUCUGGAGGUUCGUCUUUUCUGUCGCCGGGCUCAACAUGGUCGGCGCGUUUGCGACCAGUUGGGUCAUUUGGAGCACGUUCGUCAUCAACGCACAGACCGACUUCUGUCCCGGCAGCGUCAUCGGCGAAGGCGUCGCUUGGGGCGUCGCCCUCUAG